AUGUUGGUUGUGAGAAAACUGGAAUCAGUGAGUGCUGACGUAGUUGAGUCAGAGGUUCAAAUCUCCUCUCCCUUACCUCAUGACUCCAAGUCACUCUUUGCACACGUCACAGGUCGGGAUGAACAGGGUGUUUUGAUUCUUCUCGCGGAUGGAGAGACGGUUCAUCGGCCAAAGUCGCCGUCUGAGAUACUGCAGCCCGUCGGUGCAGAUAUCGCCAUUCCCGUUGGAGGACCAGGAGCUCAAAAGAAAGUACGGAUACCGCAUAUCUUUGGAGGGCGAAUUUGGUUCUGCAAAGGCAAGCCAAUCACAUUUCUUAUCAACCCAGGGCCAGCUGUGGUUGAACCGUCUGUAACGAAUCCAACUGAUGCCAACUUUGAUGCUGAUUGGGGAUUCUGCGAGUUCACCUACAACAACGAUCAGCUGUACGUCAACGUGUCAUAUGUUGACUUCGUAAGCAUUCCGAUCGGUCUGGAGCUUGAGAACGAGGCAGGCCAAGUCACGCGUGUUCUGGGCAUGCCCAAGGAUGGGCUUGAUCAGGUCUCCGAGGGUUUGAAGCGCCAGGGCGAGAAGGACGGCGCGGGCUGGGAGAAGCUUGUGGUCAAGUCCAAGUCUGGCUCCAACCUCCGAGUGUUAAGCCCGAACGCCGGUGCAGAGUUACAUCCAGGCUUGCUGGAGAAUUACUUUGCGCCAGAGAUUGACGCGGCGUGGAAGCGCUACGAGGAAGAGGACAUCGAAAUCAACACGCAGGCAGAAUGGGGCGAUGUUAGGGGCCGCGUCCACGAUGGCAAACUAGUGUUCAAAGAUGUUGGAAAGGACAAACUUAGCUUCCACUUUGAGAAGCCAUCUACGAGAGACAUUGUGUCUUGCAGCACAGGACCGUUUGCGAGCAGCCCGGAUGUGACGCCAGCGCAGCUCAACGUCGGAGCGCGUAUUGCGGCGGCUCUGAACCGGACAACGUUAUCGGGAAAUUCCCGGCAGCCCGAGGGGGAGAGGGUCGAAGAGUAUUACUGUAAAGGAGAGGGAAAGACAAAUCACUACUCUAGAAUCUGCCAUGAGGUCACGCUUGAGGGGAAGGGUUAUGCGUUUCCGUAUGAUGAUGUUGGUGCAUCGGGGGGAGUCGAUCAGAGCGGAUUCUUGAAUGAUGGGAGACCAAAGGUCUUGACUGUUCAUGUUGGAGGACAGUAA